AUGAGCUAUCCGCCACUCACGUUUGUGAAGUUGCCGGCCUGCUCUCCUGCAUCAUCUCCUCUGCGACGGGUCACCUCUCCUGACUCGUUCUCGCGACGCCGCUCUGCCCUCGUCACCGCUGCGCUCCACACGCGUGGAGACUGCCGCGUCCUCGCCAGCCAGAAGCGCAACCCAACCACGGCCCACCCACGGUAUAGGGCGGCCAGCUCAGCAAGCGCGGGCGAGAAGCGCCGUUCGUUCUGGAGCGACCUCUUUGUCAACUCGGACUCGUCACAGGACAACGAGGACGAGGACGAGGACAGCGAUGGCGACCUCGACAGCGGGCACCCGCUUCGAAACGCGGUGGAUGCAGCGGUGGCGAGUUGUCUGUGCAUCGGGGUGCUCAACAGCUUCUCCUCGGGGAUCGGCGGCGGUGGCGUCAUGCUGUACAUCUCUCGCCACCUCCUGAUCAUCUUUAUGAACCACACGUGGCCCAAUCUGCAAUCAAGCCUAAACCACUACGCGUGUGUGUAUCUCUAUGGCACGUGUACAUUGGCGACCACCUUAAGGCUGCACACGAAAGAGGGGCACAGCGAGCUGAUCGACUUCAGGGAGGUGGCGCCCAGCGCGGCGUCGCAGGACAUGUACCGCGACCGACCGGUCGAGGCCAGCCGCACGGGCGGGCUCAGCGUGGCGGUGCCGGGCGAGCUGGCCGGGCUCGAGUACGCGUGGCAGCAACACGGGUCGGGCCACGUGGCGUGGAAGGACCUCGUCAUGCCCUCGGCCCAGCUGGCCCGCAACUUCACCGUUCCCGCGCUCCUCGCCAAGUGGAUCGCCGACACGCCGGAGAUCGUGGUGGACCCGGGGCUUCGGUCGGUGUACGCGCCCGACGGGGUGCGCAAGAAGGAGGGCGACACGGUCUUCAAUCCGCGCCUGGCCGACACGCUCGCGCUCGUGGCAGAGAACGGCGCAUCGGCGUUCUACUCGCGUACGUCAUCGCUGGCGCAACAGCUGGUGGCCGACAUCCAGCAGGCUGGAGGCAUCAUCACUGCCGACGAUCUUCACAACUACCUCCACAACGGCACCGUUAAGGGAUUCUACCGCGGGCUGGAGGUGCUGAGCGCAGGUCCACCGUUCGGCGGCGCUUGCGUGGUGAUGGCGCUCAACCUCCUCGAGGCCUACAAUCUGCCCCUGCUCGGCCUAUCACUGGGUGGCCGAAGCGUUGGCCUUCGCCUACGCCGAUCGCAUGGGCCUGGCUGA